CCAAUGUCUUAUUAAUCCAGUAUUUGAGUGGUCUUAUUUGAGUUUUUUUGCAAUGAAGCCCUAUUUUAAUUCAGUUCAAGGUUCUUUAGAUAAACGAAAAUCCAUAUGGCAAAAACAGUUUCUAACUUUUCUGACUGGUAUUCUUGUCGAUGAAGAAGAGCAAAAGAUAUAUAAAGACAAUA